GAUAGAUACAAUUCUGCAAGCCUAUAUAUUCAAGAGGCUAAACUACUGACAAAGAACCACCAGAGAAGGCAAAUGGGUCUCCCUAAACCCUCCUUGGCUUUGAUGCUGCUUCUAUGUGGGAUGAUUCUGCUUAGUGAUCUUCAAGAAAUAAAGGGGGCCGUUGCUUGUCCUCAAUACUGUCUUGAUGUGGAUUAUAUGACUUGUGCUUCUUCUGGAGAUGAAAAACUAGCUGCUAGAUGCAACUGUUGCCUUGCUCCAAAGGGAUGCACCCUUCACCUUGUUGAUGGCCAAAAUGUUUAUUGUGCUUGAUGUGUUCUUAAUCUGAUUAAGAAAAUAGUUGUGAUCUUUCUAAGGCUUCGUUUGGGGCGACUUUCUUUCUGCUUCUUUAAGCAGCUUUUUAUUAUAAAAAUUUUAAUUUUUUACUAAAAAGCUGUUUUAUGAAGCAGUAAGAAAGCUGUACCAAACAAAACCUAAGUCUUCAGUGUUAUAAAUAAGUGAGCUGAUUAUGCGCAAGCUCGGUCUAUAUGGUUUAUUCAACUGUUGUUUGAAUAUCUAUGUAAGGCCGUGAAAGAAAAUAAAAAAUAAAAUUAUCAGAAAAUUUGUU